AUGAAGUUGGUCGUCCUUGCGUUCCUUAUCCCUCUAGUAAUAGCGGAGAACUUCUCGAGUGAAGGAUGGAAUCCCAAACUGUGGGAGGAUUUCCUGGAAGCCAUGCUGAACGGAGGACACUCUCCUAAACCAAAGAAUGCUCGCAAGCGAAAUCUUCAAACGGAGGUAUCCGAGCCCAUUUUGGCGGAUAGCUUUGGAGGAGAACCAGGAUUCUAUCACGGUGUCGCCUCAGGAGAUCCAUUGGAGGAUCGAGUGAUCCUGUGGACCAAGUAUACCCCAAUUUCAGCCAACGAAACUGUUUUUCUUGAGCUCCGAAUGGCUGAAGUCACUACCACUAUCCCCUUAGAGGAUCAUUUGGAUCCGGAUAAGAAUGACUACCUGUGGACAAAGACGAUUCGUGCGGAACCCGGGACGGACUACAUUGCCAAAAUUGAUGUAACUGGACUCGAUAGCAACAAGCACUACGUGUAUGCCUUCACUGAUUUCAACAUUGCAUCUGACGUUGGUCAAACGCGCACUGCGCCAUCGGCAGAUGAUGAUGAGCAAGAAAUGAAUUAUUGCUUCUUUUCUUGUUCGAAUUUUGCCAGUGGAUACUUCCAUCCGUACGAUAUCUGCUCCACCAUGGAAGAUCUAGACUUUUGGAUUCACGUUGGAGAUUACAUUUACGAAAGUGGUUACGGAAAUGGUGGAUUUGGAGGUGGAUUUGGAGGUGGACUUGCCGAACGAGAAGAAGUUGCUCUUCCCCAAUGGGAGGUUUUGAACCUUCAAGACUACCGGAAUCGCUACGCAACUCAUCACCGAUACGACGAGGGCUUGCGAAAUAUUCGUCGUCGAGCACCGGUCAUUGCUAUCUGGGACGACCAUGAAUUUGCAAACAAUGCAUACGGUAAAGAUUCCGAUGUUGGAGCAUCAAAUCACCAAGAAGUAUGUGAUGAAGUUGAGGAUGAGGAGGAACCUUGUAGGCCCGAAGGAGAUGCAGUAGACAGGUUCAAUAUGGCGUCUCAGGCGUAUUUGGAGUGGAUGCCAAUUCGUUUGAGCGAAACAGUGGAUCAUCCAACACUAAAUAUUUCAUCUAUCACGCAAAUCAUUGAAUGGGGUUCCUUGGCAACGGUUGUGGCGGUGGACACACGGAUGACAGAAAGAUCGAAAGAGGCGACACUUUACUCCACUCUGACUCCCUUUCAAGAGUUGCUAGUCAACGAGACCGAUGUCGACUCUUAUUACAAUGAAAGCUCCCCGUCAAGGCAAAAGAUCGACGAGGUGGCUGAAGCUGUAAUGGCGAAUUUGUCAAAUCCUGAACACACGAUGCUCGGUGAUACUCUGAGAAACUUGGUUUUGGACACAUUUCAAAAUUCGAAAGAUGCAGGGAAGCCUUGGCAAAUCUUUGCCCAACAAGUGGUGAUGGGAAAUCAGCUCCCACCAAACUUUCACAAAUUGGCUGAUUAUGCUCCUGAAGAGAAUAAGGUAUUGCUUCAGAACUUUGUAGGAGCUGGCCUCCAAAAUCCUCAGUUUGGCACUCUCCUGCGCGGACUUGUUGCCAUGUCGAUCAAGAAAAUAUCACUGAAUUCCGACGCUUGGGAUGGAUUUGCGCAUGAGCGUGCUUUGCUGCUGGAAGGCCUUCGCACAAAAACAAACAACCCCAUAGUGUUGGGUGGAGAUAGUCAUGAUAGUUGGGCCUACAGUUUGGUCGAAGACGGCGGCUUUGAGGGCGAAAAGAUUGCGGUGAACAUAAAUGCUCCUGCUGUUACUUCAGGAGGGUACGGUCGCGUUGUCGGAGCUUUGUUUGGAUUUAUUGCUGGAGCGAUAGGUGGCAUUGAGAACCUUCUGAAAAUCGUUCAAGAUUCUUUGCUUGCUGACAACAGUGGGUUGUUGUACGCAGACAUCAACCUUAAAGGCUUCGUAGCAGUAACUGCAACAAAGGAGAAGCAUGUCUCCGAGUAUAUUCUUGUGGAAACUGAUACCAUGGAAAUUGAUUAUGCUGCUGCCAGAGGGGCUAGUGACAAUAUUACCGCUUCUUUCAAAUGUGAUGCAAGUCUCGUCACAGCCGCUGGGGAACCGGGGUCUCUAUCUGCGCAGGAUGGCUGCGAGAUUGCAUUUGACUCGAAGCGUCCUGAGGAAUGGUCCAUUCCAGUUCCUGUGUCGGGUGGGUCGUCCCGUUGUGAUACGAGCGAAAGGCUAUCCGGUUGUGACUUUACUGCAUGCGAACUCGAUGCUAGUGAGUUUGAAAGACCACCAGAAGUCAAAUCCGAUGCUAGUCUUCGAAGCGCUACCUCGGCUGCUGUUAUUGCGUUCUGCAUGUCUCUCUUCAUGGUCUAG